AUGGCUGCUCUUAUUACUGAAAAUUUCCGCUUUCUUUCACUCUUCUUUAAAAGUAAAGAUGUGAUGAUUUUCAAUGGUCUGGUGGCUCUGGGUACUGUUGGAAGCCAGGAGCUGUUCUCGGUGGUUGCAUUCCACUGUCCCUGUUCUCCAAUUCGGAAUUACAUCUACGGUCUGGCUGCCAUAGGAGUGCCUGCUCUGGCCUUGUUUGUGAUUGGUAUAAUCUGGAACAACCACACUUGGAACUUAGUGGCUGAGUGUCACAAGCGAGGAACCAAGAACUUUUCUGCAGCAGCCAACUUCUUGAUCUUUGGAUCUGUCAUGGGAAGAGCUGCAGUGGCUCCGAUCACAUGGUCAGUGAUCUCACUGCUUCGCGGAGAAGCCUAUGUCUGUGCCUUAAGUGAAUUCGUGGAUCCCACUUCCCUGGAUCAGUUUCCACCUGACUACGGACCAGAUAUCCUAGCCAGGUUUCCUUGUGACGAUCAGCCAGCCAACAUGACACGUUUUAAGGAUGAAGUUAUAAGACGAUUAAGAUACGAGUCACAGCUCUUUGGAUGGAUGCUCAUUGGUGUGGUUGCAGUUCUCGUGUUCAUCACCAAGUGCCUAAAGCAUUGCUGCUCACCACUCAGCUACCGCCAAGAGGCCUACUGGAACCAGUACCGCUCUAGUGAAGCUAGGCUGUUCCAACGGACCGCUGAGGUACAUUCCAAGGUUGUGGCUGCCAACAACGUCAAAAACUUCUUUGGCUUUGUACAUUUAGAUAAAGAGGAACAGGAACUGAUCCAAGCAUAUGAUGUGCAAAAUGUUCAGCCCAGGUCACAGUGGGAUGCCAUCACUGGAGUCUACAUCUAUCGAGAGAAUAAUGGCUACCCUCUCUAUAGCCGCCUCCAUAAGUGGGCCAAAAAUAUAAUGGGAAACAGCUCUAAUCCUGAUAGCCAGGAAACAGCCUUUCUAGCUACCUAAU